AUGGUCGUGGUGGUCGCUCACUUGCUUGCAGGUGAGACUGCGCCUAGCGUCUACUUGCUGGCACUUAACUCUCACCUGUGGCUCCACGUAACUGGACUCUGCUCAGUGGCCACACCCCGGGCAACCGUCUCGACCGGCGGGCUUAACCAGGUGAGGGGGCCCUGUGCGCUGUGCCGUGUGCACAGGGUUUGAGGAUUCCGUUGGAUGGAAGGUCGGAUGGAACCUUGCGUCGGCACGGUCGUGACGUGGUUCGUCACGCCGACGAAGACCGCGGCUUACGGCGAAUUCGAGUCGCUCUCCACUACAACCCGAAGUCGUGGUCCCAUAGUGGAGUUCGGCCGUGCCACAGCGGCACAUGGCAGCCCUAUUCAGGGAUGGCACUGCCAGUCCCCACGAGGGGAAGGGCCUAGAAAAGGUGGCCUAAACAUUGCUGGGUACCACGCCGUCUCCAGGCUAGCCAGGGCCGCAGACGUCUAAUCAUGGUCGAAACAAUCAGACUGGAAACAUCAACAAUACCAAUAACAACAACAACCAUACUCCUUCUCCUCAUCCUACCUCUUCUUCCUCUACCUCCGUCUAUUCUUCUGCCUAUUCUUCUCCUUCGUCAUCUUCUUCUCCACCUCCUUCCCGUCGCCCCACUCGUUGUCACCAGACUGGCAGGGUGAGCCCGCUCACUCUGGCAGCCUGGAAUGUUCGUUCCCUUUUAGACAAUCCGAGGAGCAACCGACCGGAGCGGAGGACGGCGCUAGUGGCACGAGAACUGGCGCGCUACAAGGUGGACAUCGCCGCACUCAGCGAGACCCGUUUCUCCGAACAAGGCCAACUGGAGGAGGUGGGUGCCGGCUACACCUUCUUCUGGAGCGGUCGACCCAGGGCAGAGCGACGGGGCGCGGGUGUCGCCUUCGCCAUCCGGAACGACAUCGUGGGACGACUGCCCUGUUUGCCGCAGGGCAUCAACGAUCGCCUGAUGAGCCUCCGCCUGCCUCUCUGGGGAGGCAAAUUCGCCACCAUCAUCAGCGCCUACGCUCCGACGAUGACCAACCCCGACGCCGUCAGAGACAAAUUCUACGAGGACCUGCACACCCUCUUGGCGACUGUGUCGAAGGCGGACAAGUUGAUUGUCCUUGGCGACUUCAACGCCCGCGUCGGCACAGACCAUACUGCCUGGAAAGGUGUGCUGGGUCCCCACGGUCUCCGCGGCUCAAACGACAAUGGUCUGCUGCUUCUCCGCACCUGCGCAGAACACCGCCUCAUGCUGACGAACACGUUUUUCUGUCUGCCGGAGCGAGAGAAGGCCACCUGGAGGCAUCCUCGGUCUCGCCAGUGGCACCUGCUGGACUAUGUCCUCGUCCGGAGGCGAGAUCAGCGGGAGGUGCUGGUGACGAAGGCAAUCGCGGGAGCUGAUGGGUGGACCGACCAUCGCCUCGUCAUCUCGAAGAUGCGUAUUCGCCUACAGCCUCGCAGGAGACCACAAGGUAAGCGACCCCCAGGUAAGCUAAAUGUUGCCUUGUUGUCUUUGCCCGCUCACCAUCUCCAUUUCAGCAAUGAGCUAGCUCAACGGCUAGACAACCUUCCUAUCGCUGCCGCCGACGACGCCGCCGCUGCCGAGAACGCCUCCGUGGAGAACCGCUGGUGUCAACUGCGAGACACGGUCCAGUCGACGGCGCUCGCCGUCCUCGGUCGCGCUCCCCGCCAACACCAGGACUGGUUCGACGACAACGAAGCCGCCAUCAGAAAUCUGCUAACUGAGAAGAACCGCCUACACAAAGCCUACGUAGAUCACCCCACUGAUGCCACCAAAGCUGCCUUCUACCGCAGUCGCCGCCAACUUCAGCAACGACUGCGCGAGAUGCAGGACGCCUGGACUGCUCGCAAAGCUGAGGAGAUCCAAGGGUACGCGGACCGCAACGAAUGGAAGAAAUUUUUCUCUGCGAUCAAAGCUGUCUACGGUCCGCCGACGAAGGGCACCGCUCCUCUCCUCAGCGCCGACAGCAACACUCUCCUGAAUGAGAAGACGCAAAUCCUGCAGCGAUGGGCCGAGCAUUUCCGUGGCGUCCUCAAGCGCCCCUCCGUCAUCUCCGACGCCGCCAUCGAGCGUUUGCCGCAAGUGGAGACCAACGUGCACCUCGACCUCCCGCCAUCUCUCCAGGAGACCAUCAGGGCCGUGCAGCAGCUCUCCAGCGGGAAAGUACCCGGAUCGGACGCAAUCCCUGCUGAGGUCUACAAGCACGGAGGUCCCCAACUGAUGGAUCACCUGACUGCGCUCUUCCAAGAGAUGUGGCGUCAAGGUGAAGUCCCGCAAGAUUUCAAAGACGCAACCAUCGUGCAUCUCUACAAGCGCAAAGGGAAUCGCCAAGUCUGCGACAAUCACCGCGGCAUCUCCCUGCUGAACAUCACUGGGAAGAUCUUCGCACGAAUCCUCCUCAACCGCCUCAAUAACCAUCUGGAACAGGGCCUUCUGCCGGAAAGCCAAUGCGGCUUCCGUCGUCAUCGUGGGACCACGGAUCUGAUCUUCGCCGCCCGUCAACUUCAUGAGAAGUGUCAGGAGAUGCGGACCCACCUGUACUCUACCUUCGUGGACCUGACGAAAGCCUUCGACGCGGUGAAUCAGAAGGACUGUGGAAGAUCAUGCAGAAAUUUGGCUGUCCAGAGCAAUUCACUCAGACGGUAUGAUGGCGCGAGUCACGGACAACGGAUCUGUCUCAGAGGCAUUCGCAGUGACUAACGGAGUGAAGCAGGGAUGCGUGCUGGCACCAACCCUCUUCAGUCUUAUGUUCUAUGCCAUGCUGAUAGACGCCUACCGCGACGAACGUCCCGGGAUCCGCAUCGCCUACAGGACGGACGGUCACCUCCUGAAUCAACGGCGGAUGCACUUCAAAUCGCGUGUAUCCACAACCACCGUGCACGAACUCCUCUUCGCCGACGACUGCGCCCUGAACACCACCUCGGAAGAAGAGAUGCAACGGAGCAUGUACCUGUUCUCCGCCGCCUGCGAGAACUUCGGUCUGGUCAUCAACACGCAGAAGACGGUGGUGAUGCACCAACCGCCACCCAACUCAUCCACAGCCCCCAACGCGCCGCCGUAA